AUGUUCAAACGUUCUUUUACUGCAAAGAAUCGAGUGGGCAAGGCUGUGAAGCCUGCCAAGAGGACCUACCGUGACAAGGCCAAGGAGAAGAUGGAAGAGUCCUUGGACAGUCCGCCGAUGGGGAGCCCCAUCACGAGUCCCAUCGUGACCAUCGUUGUUGGUCAUGAGCGGCGCCUGUUUGCUGCUCAUGAGGAUGUCCUGUCUCGGUCCACCUACUUUGAAGCUGUGUUGAAGGACCAGUUCCUGGAACCCAACGGAAAGAAGGUGGACCUUCCUGACGAAGAACCAGAGAUAUUAUCCUGCAUUCUUGAGUUCCUAUACAAAGGUGACUAUUUUCCGCGUUUGCUUCACCACAAACGUCGCCACACUUUGGAACUUGAGGAUGCCCAGGACGUUUACAAAACCGGUGGCCGAGGUUCCAGCAUGGCUACUAUGUUUCAUUCCGGCGCAGACGCCGAACUCCUUCGAGAUACCGUCGUCUACUGCGCUGCAGAAAAGUACGGUCUUGAUGAGCUGAAGCAUCUUGCUCUUCGCAAACAGGGUAUUCAGAGCGGUAUCCCCGUCGAUGUCAUUCUGAGGUCUGCCCGGUUUGCCUACGAGCAUACACCGGAUACCGAAUCACGACUCCGUGCGCAUUAUUUAGCAUUGAUCAUUCGAAGCCGCAAAACAUUCAAGAGAAGUGGUACCAUGCAGAUGGAGAUGGAAAUUGGAGGUAAAUUGUUUUUUGAUCUGUUUGUGGCUAUGAGCAAUCACAUCGAUGACAUCGUGGAAAUCGGACUCACACCUAUUGACGAGGACACCGUGCUUCAGCACGGCAUGUCCUUUGUCGUCAAAUGGCGCAACCCUGGAACCAACCGAGUUGACUUCUGGAUUGGUAUUUACGUUCCGGAGGAGCUUUCAUUUACUACUCGCAAAGAAGACGACGGCAAGUACAUGAUGUACCUUCCCGGCCGAAAUAUUUACCGCCGGAUUGAAAUCAAGUCCCUCUAUUCACUCUCGGAGCUCCCCCCCUUGGAAUAUAACCAGGCUGGUCAUGAGUACCCAGAUGUCUACAAAAGAAUCUACGGUCUCGCCGAGGAGACAGCCGAUAUCCGCUACUGGAGCUCCCUGGCAAAGAAAGAGCGCAAAUUCAAAGAUCGCAAGGACAAGGUCCCAUCGAUCGAUUUCGUCCCCGCUAAUGGUGACACUGGUGGAGCGCAGGGUUACGAAGCUGACUCUGAUAUGGACGAUGAUGAUGAGAUCAUAGGCAGCGCUAUUCGUCAUCCCAACGGCUCUAUAAUUUUUUACUCUCCUGUGGAAUCUCAGGGUCAAAUGGAGCCAGCCAAGCGCCAGAGAGAGGGGUCUGUAAUCACUCCCAGCAAGAAGGCCAAGGUUACCAAGCAGCAUCGUCGUCCUCAGCAGCAGGAGCAGCAGGUCCCAGAGCCUGACGGUGAAGAAGUCGUGGACAUUUACAUCGGCAAUGGAACUGACCAGAAGGUGUUCCAUCUUUCUCGAAACAACAUUAACAAGUCUUCUUUCUUGAAGGGGCUUAUUCAAGGAAAGUUCCCAUAUAUCUUUCAUCCGUUUCUUCACCACAUGAGUCCGGCCGAAUUCGAGCCUGUCUAUACGUUCCUUUCGCAGAAUGAAAGUCCAGACUCUGAUCUUGUUUCCGUCUAUGGAGAUGAAGUUGGAGACGAUGACGAUGAUUGGGAAGACAUCCUGGGAGAUGUAGGCAGGAUGGGCACGUACUGGAAGCUUAAGGACGUCCACAAUACCGAGGAAUUGAAGGCGUACAUCCUCCAGCUCAGACCAACCUUUGCUCAGGCUUGUUUGCUUGGGCUUUCUGAGAUGGCUGCAAAUGUCACUGCCAAUGUCCAAGUGGCUUGGAACGUCUAUGGCAGAGUCGACCAGCUACCUAUUUACCUCGACUUUAUUGAAGGCGUCAUUCAGGAUUCGGCCCGCGGGAGGGCCCCCGGCGCAUGUCACAGUGAUCAAUUCUCAUAUGGAUUCGGCGCCUCUUCGCAGUCUUGGGUCGUCCGCUUUCUUGCCGAGACUUUCGUUCUAUGUGCAACUGGGGUGCCUCAGCGUUUCUGGUCUUUGAUGGAAAAAUACCCCAGCUUGCGUGCUGCGGUCUUCAAACGUCGGGCUAUCCUUGAUGAUGCGAACAUACUCGAGCUCGAGAAAAAGUUUAGGCAGCGAGCGCGCUUGGCCGAGGCUGAUUUCGCGAUCCCAGCAAAAACGGUAAAAAGAAUUGAACAGGAGGCGGCUGGCCAGGAUGAAGAAGCAAUGGAGCAGGUGUCUGAACCUAUGGCAGAAAGCGCUGAAGAGGAGGCAACCGAGAAGGAUGGAGAAGGAGUUGAGCAGGUGGCGGAAGCUAAUGAGUGA